GUAAUUAAUUCUUCCCAUUUUUCAAGGGCUUGGUAAUACGACUAUUUAUUUUAUUUACGUAAAUCUAGGUCAUCUUCUUAUCAAUAAGUGCUAUAUAUAAGGUGAUGCAGUAACUAACUAUUUGGAUUGGAACUAUAAAAUCCUGCAUCCAAACUCAAUCAAUUCACACACAAAUUUGGGUAAAACUAUCUCAACAACAAAACCAAAAAUCACAAAGAGUGCGAAUCAACAAUGGCGACGAUAUCAACGCAACCAGCCGUGGCCCUUCUAGUAGUAGCACUCGUCUUCACUGUAGACGCAGCAGAGCCGCCGUCGUCCGGGCCCGUCUCGUCCUACAUAUGGCGGUUUCCGACCAAGCCCGAUCACUCGUGGCAUCCGAUCAAUGGGUCGAUGUUGAGAGACCAGAAGGUCCAGGACAUUGCAAGUUUCGCGGUGGCGACGUACAACGGCAAUAACUGGUUCUCGGGAGCGCCGCUGAAGCUGUUGAGCGUGGACGAAGGUGAGGUUCUGACUGUCGGAGGCACGGUCUACCAUCUUUACCUUACUGUCUCCAACGGAGUGCACGUGGCGAAAAGGUACCACACGUUUGUGUUUAUGUACCCGGGGACGAGGUGGGAGUCACUAUUGUUUGAGCCCUUGGGCGAUUGAUGUUGAGAAUUAGGUUAGCUAGCUAGUGGUUAUUUUUUUCCCUAUGGUAUCAAAUAAAUUUAGUGUAGAUUUUUGUCGAGGCUCCUUGACAUGGUUUAAAUGUAAAGGAGCAAAAAUAAAUAAAGGUAUCGUUU